AAGUCCAUGUCAUAAGAGCCAUGAGGGUAAGACCGAAAGUAAUUUGAACGUGAUCCAACUCUGCAUUAGUAGGCUACCUCAGGUUUAGGCAAUAACACCUCAAAUGGCGAAUCGAAAAGAUGAUAUUAUAAAGUUUUGCUGUGAAAUCUCCGCCGAUAAGAAGAUACAAGCCGCAUUUAAAGGCUCGGCGAAAGGAGCAGCAGUUGCCGGUGGAGGUGCUUUUGUCGGAGGACUGAUUGGAGGUCCAGCUGGCAUUGCACUCGGUGCUGCAGUGGGAGGUGCGCUGGGAGCAUGGAUGACCAGUGGCCAGUUCAGACCUCUUCCUGAAAUCCUCAUGGAACUGACUCCUUCACAGCAGGACAAACUGUACUCCGAUGUCAUGGCCAUAGUGGGUUCACUCAAAUGGACUGACGUUCCUCAGCUGAUGGCUCAGGUUCAUGGGAAUUCUUCUCUACAAGAGCAAGUGCUGGGUGCUAUACUCAGUUAUACUAAAAACCAGCUUAAAGCUGAGGUCAAGUUUGAGGAUUGACCACUAGAGUUAAUGUUACAGGUCAGCUUUCUAAGACAUUUAGGACAUUUAUUCAUUUGGCAACUUAAAGUAAUGAUAAAAGAAACACUUCAGAAAACUGGCAGUAAAGUAAUUAUAAACAAAUAUUGAUUUAAAAAUGCUCUAUUUAGCUAUGUAUCAUCGUGCAUCUGUUGCAUGUGUUUAUUGGUUAUUUUAAGAAGUUCUGACAUGACAUCCAAACAGAAGUGAACCAUUUUAAAAUGUAUUUUUUAUUCUUGUUAUAAGAGCUUAUUUUUGCUUUGUUGAAGUGCAUGUGUCUAUGUCUGAGACUUCAUGUCUGAGCAUGCAUGUGCAAGUCAGCUCCCAGACACUGGACUUCAGCAUCAGUACUCCAGUCUUCUAUGCCACGUGAUAUUUCAGAACUCAUUUAAUUUACAGGUUUGCUGCUGAUCAAUUAAUAGAUCAGAUUUUCAUUUAGUUUCCCCCAAGAUUCAAUAAUGUAAAGAAAGAUUAAACUGAACACUAUUUCUUUGAAACAGAAAUGUUUACUCUCACUUCUAAUCAGGUUAAUGCAUCCCCACUGAAUAAAAAUACUGCAUUUUUAA